CGUGACUCUUAACGCUAACAGCGAUCUCUCAGCACCCCAGAAAUCUCAGGAUAACGGGCCAAGAUGAACGCUAUCUACGUCGGGGCAAUUUUAGUCAUUCUAUCAAUAUAUGAAGUGAGAAGCCAGACAUGUCCAUCUGGUUGGUCAAUGCGUCCUGGGGCUCAGCAUGUUACAUGUUUGUGUCACACGAGAAUGCCAAGAGUUGGGACGAUGCUCAGGCUGCCUGUGUGGGAAUGAAAGGAACAUUAGUCAAGAUAAACAACACAGCAUUGCUGCAAUGGAUCCAAGGUGAAGUUUCAAAGCGAGUACAAAGUGACUCCACCACAACAGAAUGGUGGACAAGUCUGAAAAAGAUGUCAGGAAACAACUGGUCCUGGUCAGAUGGGACCGCGGUUGAUAACAGCUUAGGGUUGUGGAUGUCCAAUCAGCCAAACAAUGCCAUCAGCCCUGGCUGUGCUCGUAUAGCUCAAGUGGACACUGGGAUAGGCCUGUCGGUGGCUAGCUGUGCUCAGGAGAAAGCCUAUAUCUGUCAGAGAGACCUCACUGCACCCGCUUACUGUGACUCUGACAGUGGCUGGGAAAGUCACCAUGGAAACUGCUACAAGUUUUUUGAUUACAGAAAACAAUGGCCUGAUGCUAAGUUGGACUGUGAGAACCAUGGGGCUGUUCUGGCGCGGCCUAUGACUAAGAAUGAACAGAGGGCUGUAUAUGAUUUGGCAGUCAGCAAUAGGAGAGACUCUUGGAUUGGACUGAUGAGUGCACUUCAAGGUGGCAAUGUUCAGUGGCAGUGGGCUAAUGGAUCUGUCAUAUCAACCAGUCCAUUCUGGAAGACACAGCCAUCGGUGACCAAUACCCAGGCAAACAAUACGUGUGCUGUUGAGCACAUAGAUAAUGACCCUCUGAUGGGCUGGGCUCCUAAAGCCUGUGAUGAAGAAAGACAAUACAUAUGUCAAAAACCAGAGGCAAUCUGUGCCCCAGGCUGGAAAGCAUUUGGCACCAUGUGUUAUCAGUUUGACCCUCGAUUUCUGGUGUCCUGGAACUCCGCUAAGUCUUAUUGUGAAUCUCAGGGAGGAGGCUUGCUUGAAAUCACCAGUGCUGACAUUCAACAGUUUUUGAAUGGUUACCUGGAAGAGCUGCGUGAAUCGGGUUUAUCUUAUAUGUGGCUUGGUCUCUCAGGAAGGUCCACAUUUGCUUGGUCUAGCGGUGCAGCAUUGACCUACUCCAACUGGCAGAGCACUCCCAGGUCUUCCUCCUACAAUCGCUGUGCCUACAUCUAUACCUCGAGCACAAGAGGCCAGUGGACAGCUACAACAUACUGUACCCAGCUGAGAGGCGUGGCCUGUCAAAUACCCUCCACAGUGGCAGUUGUACCAGCAACAACACCAACACCUCGCUAUGUAUGUGAGAGAGGCUGGUCCAUUUUCAACAGCCACACCGAUGAUCACUGCUAUAAGUUUAACACCACAACUCUCCUGAACUGGGGGGAUGCUGAGAAAGCCUGUAAACAACUUGGAGGGGAUUUAGCCACAAUAACAGACUCUAGUGCACAGUCAUACCUUAACAGAUACCUGCGAGGAAAUAUGUGGAUAGGACUGAAUGAUAUGGGAGUGGAGGGAACAUUCACCUGGAUUGACGGUAACCAGGCUUCCUACAUGAAUUGGUUUGGACAUGAUGUAACCAAGAUAAAUGAUGAUAACAAAGACUGUGUGUUGGCCGUGUAUGACUAUAGAAGGAAGGGAACUUGGAAACCAACAGACUGUAGCGAUAUCAAUGGAUUUGUAUGUCAGAAACCAGCAUUGAAUGCAGGCACACCAACAGCCAGUGCUGUGACAACCCAAAGACCAUGGAGCGUGAAUUGUGGGCCCUUCUGGGAGGAGCUCUCCUCUUCUGGAGGUUGUUACCAAUUCCACGAGGAACAGAAGACAUAUGCAGAUGCUCAGAACUUCUGUUCUCAUUAUGGUGGAAACUUGGCAAGCAUCACCACUGUGGCGGAACAGAAUUAUAUUCAAGGCCGGAUAGGAGGCAUGCAUUCCCUGUCUCUGUGGGUGGGUGGUAAUGACCUGAGUGUGGAGGGGGGCUGGAGCUGGCAGGAUAAAUCCCCGUUCACUUAUAUCAACUGGGAGCCAGGUGAGCCUAACAAUGAUGAAGACAGUGAGGACUGUGUCUCCAUCUACACUAGGAGGGGAACUUGGAGCGACAACAACUGUAACCUGAAGAAUGGCUUUAUCUGCAAGAAAAUGUCCCGUGUGACCCCGUCUCCAUCAUCUACUGUGGCUACAACACCAGUACCAGCUGGUAUGCUGUUGGGUUGUCCCCAUGGCUGGCUGAGCUUCAACAAUCAAUGUUACCAGAUUAACAAGGGAACCAAGACAUGGAGCCAAGCCUUGACAGCCUGUAGAGGGGCAGGCGGAGAUUUAACCAGUAUCACUACACUAGGAGAGCAAGAUUUCCUCUACAGUCAAGCCAGAAGUGUCCCCGGCCCUCUGUGGAUUGGCUUCAGCGCACGCCGCUCCCCUCGCUAUUACCAGUGGUCAGACGGCAGGAGAGCCACCUACACUCACUGGUCGCGUGACGAGCCAAACAACAGCCAUGACGGCAGCGAGAACUGUGUCACCUUCAAUGCAUUAGGGGCUGGCUAUUGGAGUGACACUGUGUGUAAUCUGCCCAGUGUGGCAGGCUACAUUUGUAAGAGGCCUCCUUCUGUUGUAUCUGCCACAACACCUCCAAACUACAAAAUAGGCUGCCCCUCAAAUGGUGUGGGUUACUUUAACCUGUGUUACCUGUUCAUCGAAACAAAGAUGACUUUUGCUGAUGCUGAGUCAUACUGUGUCCAGCAAUCAGGACAUCUGAUAACAGUGCUGGAUCGGUUUAUAAGUGCCUUCUUGUCCAGUGAAAUGAGCCAGCAUAAUGGAAUGUACUGGAUUGGAUUACAGACCUAUCAGAGUGGCUACUAUUACUACUACUGGACAAGCAAAGCCAGGGUCCGCUUCACUAACUUUGAUCAGAGUCAUACAGGUCGAGAAGUAGCAAGCUGUGUGUCCGUAAAAUCAGAGCGCCCUCCUGGUCUGUGGCAUAACCAACCCUGUACAACAAAACUGCCAUUUAUCUGUGAGACGAAGCGUGUCGGCUUCACGCUGCCACCCCCAGGACAACAGACAACUCUAUCCAACCGUUGUCCGUCCUACUACACAGAGUACAACGGUUACUGCUACAGGUUGAUGAGCACCAGUUACACCUAUAGGAAAUCAUGGAGAGAGGCAAGGGACUAUUGCAGAAUGUAUGGAGGAGACUUGGUUAGUGUGCACAACAGCACUGAGGCUGUAGCGCUCAAGAAAUAUGUGUUCAGGUACUCUAGAGGUUCCUACUGGAUUGGACUGAACAAUUUAACAGGAACAAAAGGCUACAGCUGGAGUGAUGGGUCAGGAUUUACCUACAGUAAAUGGGGAAGUGGAGAGCCCAACAACUUCAACAAGAACGAGGAUUGUGUGGAGUGGGAAAUGAGCACCAACAGCUGGAGGGACGCUAACUGCUUUGUGGGGAAGUCUUACGCCUGUCAGGUUAAGAAAGGAGCGGUUAUAGUGCGACCAACAGUUAAUCCUGCCAGCACCACUAAACCACCUGUCACCUGUGGUACUGCGAGGUACGCCAGGUAUUGGAAGUACUAUAAGGGAGCCUGCUACUACUUCAGUUAUGCUUCCAUGACGUGGUAUGACGCCCUGAAUUACUGCCGCAAAACAGUCAAAGGAGAUCUAAUCAGCCUUCACUCCACGGAUGAUGCCAAUUUUCUGGCUUCCAUGGUUAGCAAGAUGUCAGGAUCUGUCGCCUGGAUAGGACUGAAUGAGUUAGACCUUAGUGGAUAUAAGUGGUCUGACAACUCAGCUGUUCAGUUCCGAAACUGGGCGAAGAACGAGCCAAAUGAUGGUUACGGUGGACAGAAAUGUACAGUGGUGAGCUCAACUGACGGUUAUUGGUCAGAUGAGAACUGUGGGCAGCAUUACCAGUUUGUGUGCAGACAGCCUGUGGGAAACACCCCACACGUGACCCCAGCCCCGACCAAACCUCUGCCCGGCAACUGUCGCCAGGGCUGGACUAACUUUGGCAACAAAUGCUAUCUAGUUAAAGAUGGAUAUUACGUUUAUAAUGAUUCUGUGAGAGCGUGCAAGAGAUAUGGUAAAGGAUUUGAUUUGGUGUCCAUUGUUAAUGAUGAUGAGCAAGCUUUUGUGUACAGUAUUUUAAACGGGAAAAUUGGUGCCUACUGGAUUGGCUUGAACCAAAUGCAGAGACUAAGAAGCUUUGUGUGGCUGGAUAACUCACCUAUAACCUACACUAACUGGGAUUACAUGGAGCCUAAUGGCAGCAGAAACUAUUACAGAAGGGAGGAAUGUGUGGAGAUAAGAACAGACAUGUACAGUGCUGGGAAGUGGGCUGAUGUGCUGUGUUUGAAAAGGCAAGGUUACAUCUGUCAAGGAUACAAAGAGGCGACUAACCCUGUACCCAAGACCAGUCCCUUACCUGGCUGGUGUAAGGCUGGCUACCAGGUGUAUGGUCAGAGCUGUUACAAGAUGGACACAACCGCUAGGAGCUGGGACGAUGCCUCUGCCGCUUGUAAGAAGGAUGGUGCUCAUCUGGUAUCUAUCGGUGAUGCAUUUGAACAGGCCCAUGUACGAGUGAUGACAUAUGGACAGAAGAUGAAUUUCUGGACAGGCAUGACUGACAGAAAGCUGAAGGGUGUGUACAGAUGGUCUGACAACUGGCCUGUGCUGUAUGUCAACUGGGGUAGAGGAGAACCCAGCAGGAUGGAUGGGGAAGGGUGUGUGGCUCUUGUCACCAAUGGCACCUGGAAUGACACCAUGUGUAGCAAGAAGUACGGAGCCAUCUGCGAAAUCAGCCACGGUACCCCACCCCCACACACCACCAUGGCUCCUGGCUACUGUACCAACAGCACAUGGAAAUCCUUUGACCGCUACUGUUACUACGUCAGCUCCAGAAGUUACAACUCAUGGCCGGAGUCUCAGUUCUACUGUAAGAAGAUCGGGAUGCGCCUGGUCACCAUCCACAGCGCUGAUCACCAGUCCUUCAUCAUGAAUCUUAUCAAGCAGCAGACGUACCGCACAUCCUACUACUACUGGGUGGGCUUGGUCAUUGGUCAGAAUAAUGGUUUUGAGUGGGCGGAUACAACAUCGGUGAAAUACACUAACUGGGCCCGGAAUGAGCCGUCCAAUGGAAAGUUGAGAAAUGCUGAGGCGUGUGUACAGAUGCACCCAACAACAGGAGAGUGGUACGACACAUACUGUACCACUCGAAGGCCCUUCAUCUGUAUGGCAGAUAUGGUGUUCCCGACAGUGCCUGGGUCAGGAUCUACCCCUCAGCCUGGGCAGAGCACACAGAAACCUCAGACACAGAAGCCACCACUGACCAAUGCUCCAGGCCAAUCCACCCAGUCUCCUGCCCACCAGACUGACAAGAAGCCACAGACACCCCGAGGUAAGCCGGCAUCCACCGCCAGGGGUAAGGCGACCCUUCCAGGCCACUCCACACCCACAGCAGCCCCCGGGGUUAGCACUCAUGGACCUAACACCCAAGGCACAACCAAAGGUCCAGAACAUCUCCAUGGAAACCAGCCUAACUCAGGAGGUGGACUGAGUGGAGGGGCCAUUGCCGGUAUCAUCAUAGGUUUGCUUCUCUCCCUGGGGCUGGUUGGUCUGGGGCUUAUCUUUGCUCGUAGACGAGGCAUCAUCAGUAUUGGCCCAAACUUGUUCGCUGGGGGAAGCUUUGAGAACGCGCUCUAUAAGAAGAAUGCUGAUGACGUUGACAUUCAGUAAAUGGUUCUGUAGAACUGGUUGUCAGUCAGUUGGUGCAUAUAUUGGAGUGAUGGAAGUAGACUAAAGAUUUGUUUGAUGUGCACCAGAGUAUGAGUACUACAUGUACAGCUCUACAGAUGUGAAAAGUCCUAAUAUAUUCAUGAUGAUAGCUAAUUCUGUGAUAAUUUAUUAAAUAAUACAAUGCAAUAUUCUGUAUAGCUUGAUUUUCUAUGAAGAAGGAGGUGGAAUUUAUGGAUAAAAAAUAAAAAUAUGAA